AUACAAUGGGGGUACUACAUUAGGCAAAGGAGCAGUUUGUUCAACAACGCAAAACCCAAAUUUUUCCAAAGAGAAAACCUCGUCUCAGAUUUGUCUCUGGUACAGGCAAAUCUUCUUCCGCUUCACUUUUAACUAAUUUGGGUUUCGUGUAUUGGACUGAGAAGAAGCAGCCAUGGGAGAGAGGAAGGUUUUAAACAAGUAUUACCCGCCGGAUUUCGAUCCGGCGAAGAUUCCGAGGCGAAGACAGCCAAAGAAUCAGCAGAUGAAAGUGCGUAUGAUGCUUCCAAUGAGUAUUCGUUGUGCUACUUGCGGUAAUUACAUCUAUAAGGGUACCAAAUUCAAUUCCCGCAAAGAGGACGUUGUUGGCGAGACCUACUUGGGAAUACAAAUCUUCAGAUUCUACUUCAAGUGCACAAAGUGCUCUGCAGAGAUUACUUACAAGACAGAUCCCAAAAAUUCCGAUUAUACUGUUGAAUCAGGCGCAACUAGGAAUUUUGAGCCUUGGCGUGGCAAAGAUGAGGAAAUUGAGAAGGAGAAACAAAAAAGAGAUGAUGAAGAAAUGGGUGAUGCAAUGAAGUCAUUAGAAAAUAGAACCUUGGAUUCAAAGAGAGAAAUGGAUAUUCUUGCUGGUUUAGAUGAAAUGAAAUCUCUGAAGUCAAGACACGCAACUGUGAGUGUAGAUGCAAUGCUUGAAGCUUUGCAGCGGUCACAUGAGUCAAAGGAGAAGAAUAUGGAGGAAGAAGAUGAAGCUCUAAUAAGAUCAAUUUUCCAGGGAUCAAGAGAGACUGUCAAAAGAAUCCAUGAUGAAGAACUUGAGGAUGACGACGAUGAUGAUUUAGCUUUCUUUAUCCCUGAAAGUGCAGGGUCAGAAAACAACUCUCUUAAGAAGAGAAAGGUUUCCGAGGAACCUGAUGAAAAGCCCACGGAUUGUUUGACGAAAGCCAGCAUUACUGACAGCUCUAAAAACAAAGAUAAAGCAUCAGCUGGUGAUAGUAAAAUCAUUUUGAAGUCCUCAUCAGUCAAAAUAUCCAUAGUCAAGAAGCCAGUCUCGGACUCCGACAGCAAGCAGACAGUAGAAGGAAACAAGCAAGACGCGCAGAGCACUGGUGCUGCGAUAAGCAGUGGUCUACUCUCGUUAUGUCAACAAUAUGAUAGUGAUGAUGAUGAUUGAUUCAGUAUCCCUUCAACCUUUAUAUGUUUUUCAUCGGGUAUGCUCUUUUUAUGGGCACUUGAAAUGUAUGCAAAGCUCAAAGCUUUGGCUCUCUGCAAACCGCCCGUCUGUCACUAUUAAUUGGGAAGUAUACGUUGUAUUUUACAUGUUAUUUUACAACUAUCUCAGGUUCGAAAGAAACAGUUCCUCCAUGGUUACAUUUACUCAUUA